UUACUUGCUGAUUCAAGGCUGCUACGACGUCCUUUAAUCGAUAGAUUGGAAUCGAUGUCGUUUAUGAAAGGAGAUUUGCUCUCAAAAACUCGGAAACUCGUCAAGGGUUUUGCUAAAUCCGAGCCUUUAUGGCUUAAAGCCAUGGAAAAGGCUCCACCUGCAACAUUCCCUCGCGCAGAAAGUAAGGUGAAACCGAUAAGUUUCCCGGAGGACACUUAUGUCAAUAAGUUUUUCCAGAAGCAUCCGGAUUCCAAGUUUGAAGAUGCUAUCAAAAUAUCCGGUUUCAAUCCACCUUCAGCCCGUGUAUUUGCUUGGAGAGUUCUCGAGUUAAAGGAGCAGGGUGUUGCUGACGAUGAAGCAAUGGCUGUUGCAGAUAUGGAAUAUCGAGCUGAAAGAAAAUCGAAAAAGAAAGCAUAUGCUCGGCUGAAGCAAAUCGCACGUCUUCAGGGGAAAAGGCCCCCUCCAAAUCCAUAUCCGAGCGCUAUCAAAGAGAUUCAAGCGGAAGAAAGAAAGUUUGUUCGUGACAGAUUCAAUAAUCCCGAUACAUUUCGAAUUGUGAAUAAGCUGAAACAGGACAAGGCUAUUGAGAUGAUCGAACGACGAGGGUUCACGGGCCAAUGAAAACGCAGAUGUACUCUAUGCUAUAAGCUACCGUAUUUACUAUUUGUUUUCCGGGCUUUAAUUUUAUUUUUAAUUUAUCAUCAAUUGCUUUACGACACACUUCACUUUGAGUUGUUCGGAAAUUUACGGUUCGAAUCAUAAAUUCACUCGAGCACUGUGAAGAAUAAUGUUGCUAUGUUUUUCGAAUUUAUUUUUAGAAUUCUUUGUAAGAUUUUUUUUUUCUUUCA